AUGUCGGAGGACACCUACCGUAGUUCCAUAACUUCUCGACCAUCAUUUAACAGACUUUCUACAUCCAGCACUCAGAACUAUGGAACCCCAGGAUCUGGAAGCCGUGUUCUCAAAAUCGUCACUGAGAUGUCGUCGUCAUCAGUAGCCAGUGGCCUCUCUCCAUACGGCCAGAAUGCUGCUUCAACAAUUCGUGACAACCGUGAACGUGAGAAAAAAGAGAUUAUGGAGUUGAACGACCGUCUUGCUGGAUACAUUGAAAAGGGCCGAUUCUUGGAAGGUCAGAACAGAAGGUUGGAAGCUGAUUUGCGAAUGCUUCAAGGAAGAUUUGGAAAGAGAACUGGAUCUGUCAAGGUGAUGUAUGAGCUAGAGAUCACAACUGCACAGACAGUUGUUAAACAGACGGAAAAAGACAAGGAAGCAGCUGGAAAAGAAAUUAGACAGUUACAAGAUCAAUUGGAUGAGUUCCGUAAAAAGUGGGCGGAAGCCAACAGCGGACGUGCUGAGGAUCGCCUAAAAAUUGAUGAGCUUCUCGUAACUUUUUCCGAACUUGAAGCCGAAAUCAACCUUCUAAAAAGACGUAUUGCCCUUCUGGAUGAAGAAAUCGCUUGGCUCAGAAAAGAAAAUGCUAGACUCCAAGCUGAACUUCAACGUGUUCGAGUUCAACUUGACCAAGAGACUCUUCUUCGCAUUGACAACCAGAACAGAGUAAAAACUUUGUUAGAAGAGAUUGACUUCAUGAGAAGAGGAUUCGACUCUGAACUGAAAGACCUCCAAGCAAUGGCUGUUCGUGAUACCACUAACGAGAACAGGGAAAUCUUUAAGAACGAGUUGGCCAACGCGAUUCGUGAUAUCCGUGCCGAGUAUGAUCAAAUGAUGAACGGAAGCAAGAACGAGUGUGAGUCCUGGUACCAAUUGAGAGUUCAAGAGAUCAACACUCAAUCGAAUAGACAAAAUGCUGAGAACAAUUACCAAAAGGAAGAGGUCAAGAGACUUCGUAACCAGAUUUCAGAGCUCCGCGGAAAGCUUUCCGACCUUGAAGCUAGAAACAUUCUGCUGGAGAAACAAAUUGAGGACCUUAACUAUCAACUUGAAGAUGACCAGAGAUCUUAUGAGGCCGCCCUCAACGAUAAGGAUGCUCAGAUCCGCAAACUCCGUGAGGAAUGCCAAGCUCUUAUGGUGGACCUUCAAAUGUUACUGGAUGCGAAGCAGAACCUGGAUGGAGAGAUUAAAGUAUACCGACAGAUUCUAGAUGGGCCAGAUACAGAGGGAUUGAAACAGUUGGUUGAGCGUGUUGUUCGUACUUCGGCUAUCACUGAAGUAGCGGAUACUGAAACCAUGAGAGUGAUCAAAGGAGAACAUUCGAGUAAAAAAUCUUAUCAAAGAUCUGCGAAGGGCAACGUGAGCAUUGAGGAAUCCUGUGCUGAUGGGAAAUUUGUGAUCCUUCGAAACACUAACACAUCCAAAGAAGAGCCCCUUGGUGACUGGAAACUGAAAAGAAAAAUCGAUGGGAAACGCGAGAUCGUCUUUACAUUCCCUUCCGAUUAUAUUCUUCAACCGUCUAAAACUGUCAAGAUUUUCGCCCGUGGACACGGUGUGGCCAGUCUUCCAGAUACUCUUGUUUUUGAAGGAGAAGAUAAUUUUGGCGUUGGAGCAAACAUUCAAACUAUUUUGUACAAUAAUAAAGGAGAGAAGCGCGCCACUGAAAGUCAACGUCAAAGCCAACAGACAACGACGUCUCAAAGCUAG